AUGGCAGAAACUGAAGACGUUACACCAAGAACCAGUGGGAAAAUAUUCCCAGAAAUGAACGAUGCUUUCUUUUCUGAUAAUGAAUCUGUUGCUACAGAUGAAGAAAAUGAUGACUUGAAUGAUAAUGUUGUUCAAGUUGACAAUCUACACAAUGAUGAUGGUGAUAAUAACGAUGACGAAGAAUAUGGAGAAGAUUCCUUUGGCACAACUCCUUCACUUCUACGGAAAUCAACCACAUCGAAAAGAACUAACAGAAGAUCAAGGGCAAGUCAGAAUGAUUCAGAAACGGCAAACAAACUUGCAGCAAAGGAUCAAAGUUUCCUACAUUCAGCAAAUAGUGAUAUCCCCACAGAUUUCAUCCCUGAUACAGUCUCCGGUAUGUUUAGAUCUCACGAUUUCAGUUAUUUGAAACUAAGGCCAGAUCACGCAUCAAGACCCAUUUGGAUUUCUCCAAGUGAUGGUAGAAUCAUUUUGGAAAGUUUCUCCCCCUUAGCGGAACAGGCUCAAGAUUUCUUAGUCACUAUUGCCGAACCAAUAAGUAGACCCUCACAUAUGCAUGAAUAUAAAAUUACCGCUUACUCAUUAUACGCGGCAGUGUCUGUCGGUUUAGAAACCGCUGAUAUAUUAUCUGUUUUGGAUAGAUUAUCAAAAGUUCCGGUUGCUCAAUCUAUCAUUGAUUUCAUUGAGGGGGCAACGAUAUCAUAUGGGAAAGUUAAGUUGGUUAUUAAACAUAAUAGGUAUUUUGUAGAAACUACUCAAGCUGAUAUAUUACAAAUGUUAUUGAAGGAUUCUAUUAUAGGACCUCUCAGGAUAGAUAGUGAACUUCAACAAAAGAAACAAGAUGAUGAGGAACAAAAAAAGCAAUCAAUACUAAAAGCAAAAUCAAAUAAAAACAGAAAUAAUACCAAUACUAAUAAUAAAAACACAAAAAAUAAGGAUAAUAUAAAUCCAGAUGACGUGGAGGCAAUGUUUAGUGCCGUUGUAGGAGGUGACAACGAACAAGAUGAUGAAGAUGAUGAUAUAGAUGCUGUUCAUUCAUUUGAAAUUGCCAAUGAAUCAGUGGAAAUCGUCAAGAAAAGAUGCCAAGAAAUUGAUUACCCUGUUUUGGAAGAGUACGAUUUUAGAAAUGAUCAUCGUAAUCCUGAUUUAGAUAUAGAUUUAAAGCCAUCCACUCAAAUUCGUCCAUAUCAAGAAAAAUCCCUAAGUAAAAUGUUUGGUAAUGGUCGUGCAAGAAGUGGGAUUAUUGUUUUACCCUGUGGUGCCGGGAAAACUUUAGUGGGGAUCACAGCAGCAUGUACUAUCAAAAAAUCUGUCAUUGUCUUAUGUACAUCUUCUGUCUCAGUUAUGCAAUGGAGACAACAAUUCUUACAAUGGUGUACUUUACAACCUGAAAAUUGUGCCGUUUUCACUUCAGAUAAUAAAGAAAUGUUUCAAACCGAGUCGGGGCUCGUCGUAUCAACAUAUUCAAUGGUAGCAAAUACAAGAAAUAGAUCGCAUGAUUCACAAAAAGUUAUGGAUUUCUUAACUGGUAGAGAAUGGGGAUUUAUUAUCUUAGAUGAAGUUCAUGUCGUCCCCGCGGCAAUGUUCCGUAGAGUGGUCUCUGCUAUUGCAGCUCACGCUAAAUUGGGACUAACUGCAACAUUGGUCAGAGAAGAUGAUAAAAUUAGUGAUUUGAAUUUCCUUAUUGGACCAAAAUUAUAUGAAGCCAAUUGGAUGGAAUUAUCACAAAAAGGUCACAUUGCAAAUGUUCAAUGUGCUGAAGUUUGGUGUCCCAUGACUGCAGAAUUUUAUCAAGAAUAUUUAAGAGAAAGUGCUAGAAAGAGAAUGUUAUUAUAUAUAAUGAAUCCUACGAAAUUCCAAGCCUGUCAAUUCUUAAUUCAGUACCAUGAAAGAAGAGGUGAUAAAAUCAUUGUCUUUUCCGAUAAUGUCUAUGCCUUACAGGAAUAUGCUUUGAAGUUGGGGAAACCUUUCAUUUAUGGAUCUACUCCACAACAAGAACGUAUGAACAUUUUACAAAAUUUUCAAUAUAAUGAUCAAAUAAAUACCAUUUUCUUAUCGAAAGUUGGUGAUACAUCCAUUGAUUUACCUGAAGCUACAUGUUUAAUUCAAAUAUCUUCUCAUUAUGGAUCACGUCGUCAAGAAGCACAACGGUUGGGUAGAAUAUUAAGGGCCAAGAGACGUAACGAUGAAGGGUUUAAUGCAUUCUUUUACUCCUUAGUUUCUAAGGAUACCCAAGAAAUGUACUAUUCGACGAAGAGACAAGCUUUUUUAGUGGAUCAAGGUUAUGCCUUUAAAGUUAUUACGCAUUUACAUGGGAUGGAAAAUUUACCAAAUUUAGCGUAUGCAUCACCAAGAGAACGUAGAGAAUUAUUACAAGAAGUUUUGUUGAAGAAUGAAGAAGCUGCUGGCCUGGAGAUUGGAGAUGAUGCUGAUAAUAGUAUUGGCCGUGGUGGUAAUCUAUAUAAGAGAGGUAAAUCGAAAGCAGUUAGAGGUGAAGGUUCUUUGGCAGGUUUAGCUGGUGGUGAAGACAUGGCUUACAUGGAAUAUAGUACCAAUAAGAAUAAAGAAUUGAAGGAACACCAUCCAUUGAUUCGUAAGAUGUAUUAUAAGAAUCUAAAGAAAUGA